CCCAGUGUCGAGCAGCGGGAUCGCCCAGAACCCAACGCCCGAACAGCCUAUCAGCUCUUCUUCCUCAGACGCCGCAAGAGAGCUUCUAUUUUUGACGAUAGACGCUUGGCCUUGGCACCGGCAAGUCUCGACACGCAUGACGGCGUCGCAGUCGUAACAAUAGCCGCGGGACCUGUCUGUCCCUGUAUUCUCUCUCCCCGUCUCUGUCUCCGUACGCAUGUCUUCUUCUCCAUCCUCAUCCACUUCGAAAACUCGUCGUUAUGUCUCUCCUUAAGCCUCCACUUUGGAGUAUUUGAACCUCUUCUUGGCACGUCGUGGGGAUUUUCAUUCAUUAUCAUGCCCUUCAUCCCACUCUGCCUUGCCACUCGUUGACGCGUGUGCUCUUUUCAUUGUCGACUUCCCGUUCGUCCUUUAUUUCCUCUUCUCCUUUGACUUCAGCUGUGCUGUUUGUUUUCUUUCGUCUUUCUUCGCUUCUUCGCCAGCAGGGACAUAAUCCACUUUCCCCGUCCAGUACAACUUAAUCAUCCCUCCAGCGGAGAGACAAACCGGCUGCGCCGACACGAUACCCAAUUUUUUCCAUCUUCUUCUUGUAAAGAGAUCUUUCUGUUCCGCCGCCAUGCAGAUCACAAGUGCCCUCAUCACCCUAGCCUUCCUGGCCAUGGGCAUCAACGCCGCACCGGCACCCCUCAACAUCAACCUCGGCGCUUACUCCCCUGCGCUGGUGGUCGGUGAUGGUGCGCUCACGUUCGGGGGCGAGGGAGAGGCGGAGGCCGGCAAGGGCAAAGGAGGUGCCGGUGGCGAGGGCGCGGCUGCCGCUGCCGCCGCCGCCGCCGGCGUUCCCGGAGCUGCCCAGCGCGGCCUCGUCGCAGGCCGGGACAUCAACAAGGACAGCAACAAGAAGUUCGAGAAGCGCCAGAGUGGAUUCGACCGCGCCCUGACAUUCGCCGAGGCGGCGCUCACCAAGGGCCCUGACAUCCAGCUCGGAACCGGCGAGGGCGGCGAGGGCGGCGCCGGCGUCGGUAUCAUCGUUGACAACAACCCCGCGGCCGCCGGCGCUCGGAAUGGCGGCGCUGAGGGAGGGGAGGCAUAGUUGGGAGAUCUUCUCCCUGCGCAGAGGGGGGAGGCGAAGAAGAAAUCGUCGCAGCAUGCUUUUUCCAUUGUUCCCGAUUCAAGUACAAACGCUGCCGUAUUGAUACUCUGUCAGAGAAGUCUGAAGUUCGCUCGUCUGGCCCCAAGUUGACUGAACGCAAAAAAACCAUGCUCUCGUUCUUGUGACGAACUUCCAGCGCGGACUCGCCGCGCAACGCACAGCUCCCGGCACCUUCGGCAUGAUACGAUCUAUAUCUCUUCUUUCGUUCGACCACUCUCCAUUUGGGGACAUUCAACUCGGUUUUCCGCACAUCAGGCUGGGCGCAACUUUGGAUGGGGGGGAAGGAAGCUAUAAUCUGACGCUUUGGGUUCGCGGGUGCAAAAGGACUGAUCGAGCACGAUCAAGUACGUGACGACACCUGGAAAUAAGCAGCGAUGUGGCCGGCAUCGCGUCACCCGUUGA